CGUCAUCAAAGUAAAAGUAAAGUUGAUAAGCAGGUUUAUUAAAACUAAAUCAUAAUAAAACCAGUCGAAUUUGUUCGCAGCCACUCAAUGUUUUUAUUUCUAUAAUUUUACAUGAUGCUCCAGAUUAAAAAAUAUUCAAAACAUUUAUCUUUUCAAAUUAUAAAUUAAUGGUUGCUUAGCAGCAAAAUCGCAGCAAUUAAAUGAAUUCAAAAUGGCGUCAUGAUCAAUAGAAACAUUAGAAAUGUGUCAACAUUUCUAUUUAAUCAUUUAAUUUUUUAAAUAAAAUAAAUAUUUAAUUCAAUUUUUUUUAUUUAAAAUUCUUUAUACUCACGUAUGAUAUUUUUUUUAUCUUAGUUAAUAUAAAUAGAGUAAUUAAAUGACAUAAAUCUAACCUUUUUUUUUCAAGACUGAAAAAUUUAAAAUGUUAAAAAGUAUACAAUUUCCACCAGAGAUUUGUAAAAUAGAUGAAGAUUUAUUAUUAUUAUUUCAAAAACGGCAUUUAUUUAAUGAAAAAGUUUUUUAAUAAAAUAUCGACAGUAUUACAUAAUUUUUUUAAGUGAUAAAUGAUUAUUUAUUAUGAUAAAAAAUAUUUAGAAAGUGUUUUGAAAUAAAAGCAACGUAAAGUUAGUACAAACGUUAGUCUAAUUAUCUUCUUUCAUUCAUCUGUAUGAAAAAAUACCAUGAUGCAUAUGUCAUUUUGGUUCGGUACAGACCUGGGAACGUUUUUGUUCGAUGGACUAAAUGUCAAAACUAUUAGUGCUUUUUUUGGGACUUGUUUGGGACUCAUCGCCAUAGCAAUUAUUUAUGAAGCAAUGAAAACAUUACAAAUAAAGUUACACCAAUUGACUAAAGCUUCACUGUCAACAAGUGAAUCACAAACUAAUGAAAAAUCUUCUCUGUUAUCACAAUUUGUACCAAAAUUUCCACGAUUUUCUUCAUCUUCACAAUGGUGGGGAAUAAUUUUAUGGAUUCUAGAAGUAUUGCACUACUCAGCUCAAACGACUCUUGGUUACAUUAUUAUGCUAGUUGUUAUGUCUUACAAUACCUAUAUUUGUAUCGCUUUAAUUAUAGGUUCUGCUAUUGGAUACUGGACAUUUUCACCGAUAUUACUUUAUUUUAACUUGAGAGAAUUGAAGCAUAAAAAUAAAAACAUUUCAUGUAGUCCUGGAUGUUCAGAUUCAAUUUCAACAAUUGAAAGACGACCAUCUACUGUAUCUGAUGUUGCCGAACAAUUAGCAUCGGAAAUAAGUGCUGAGAUUCAUAUUGUAGCUGACACAUAAUACAAAUAAUGUGUGUGUAUAAAACAUAUUAGUCAAAGUCCAAUAGCUCACAAUAUAUAUAUAUAUAUAUAUAUUAUAAGUGAUAAGAACAAAAUAUAAGUGAUAAAUGCUCAUGUUAAUACUGUUAAUCGUUUUAUAUUUGACUAACAAAUUUUAUACAGUUUAUUUGAUUAUUUCGUAAUUGUAUUUACGAAAAUAAAGAUAUAUUUUAUUGUUAUAUGUAUUAAAUAAAUUUUAACUAUUUACAAAUUAUUUUUUUUAUAAAUAAAUAAAAAAUAAUAAAAUUUUUAUAAAUAUUCUUAUUCAAUAAAAUCAAUUCUCAAUAAGUUUCCAAAGCAACAACGACUGGGCGAUUUUUUUCUACUAUUUGUAUAGCAGAAAUGAAAAAUGAUUUUUUUAACGUUACAGUUCGACAAGUAUGCUCUUAAAGGAUAAUAUCAUUUUAACAUAAUGUACAACUAUGUAAACGGAGAUAAAUUUAUAGUAAUCGUUACUAGCAUGUUUAUGAAAUAUCCCAUACCGUUGUAGUAAUAAUUAAUUGAAAUUAUGGAAUAUAGGUCCAUACUUUCUGGGAAAAGUUUUCAUAACUAUGAGAACAAUUUCCAUAAUAUAUUGUAAUUGUUACCAUAAAUUUCUCUUCGUGUACUGAAGCUAAUUAUCUAAAAUUAUAUAUUGGUUAUAUUGUAUAUUUAUAUAUAUAAAUUGGUUUUAAAAGAUGAAAAUAAAAAAUUUUGUAUCAUGCUAAAAUUCAAUAUUAACUAAAAUUACUUGC